UCCCAGCUUCCGGGGUAAACGGAAGACAGCAGAAUAGCUUUCUUGUUGUAACGUCACGUGUGCAAGACGCUAAUAAGUCAGUCUUAUUAUUUGUUAUCCAGUUUGGAAUAUUUACGUCGUAUAACAUACAUCUUUGAUUCCUUAUUUAAGGAUAAAGUCGUCUCGAUGCGCUAGAAGAACUGUGCCGCUUCUCGUGCUAUCUUUGCUUGUUAGUUAGCUUAGCUCGCUAGUUAGCUUAGCUUGUUAGCUGCUAACAAAGAGACGCGGACGUUAUCAACACAUCGCUAAUUAGAGAUCAAGUGUGAGAGUAAAGUGUUGUGAUUGUGUGAAAAUGUGUGAAAGAACGAUAGCAAAGUAUGAGGGGGAACUUUGUCCAACAAAAGAGGACAAGGAGCGACAACAUCAACUACUGGACGCUGUUUUCAAGGAGCCUCAAGUUGUGUUACACAGAACAGGUGGAUUGGACGUUGGCCUGGGAAGGCAUUCCCCUGAAGGUCUUCUUCAUGUGUCAGCUGGAAGUACCCUGACUGCUGUGAGGGGAAACUGAUGAGAUUACAUUGAUGAAGAACCUCUACCUCAUGAGCAGGAGGAUGAACCACAGUCCCCCCAUAUACAUGAGGAAGAAAAGGUACCACUUUCCCAACACAUUAAAGAGGGAGGAGAGGAGCCACAGCUCCUCCACUUUAAAGAGGAAGAUGAGAUGCCACAGACCCAUAGUGUUAAACUGACCCUUCACAUUAAAGGACAAGCUGAGGACCCACUGAUCUUAAACAUAAAAAAUGAAGAGGAGGACCCACUCACCCCUCACUUUAAAGAGGAAGAGGAGGACCAAGACCCACUGCACAUUAAAGAGGAAGAGGAGGAACAACGCAUCAGUCAGCCUAAAUGGUUGGAGGAGUUCCCAGUCACUGGUGUCCCUGUGAAGAGUGAAGAUGAUGAGGUCAAAGGUGAAAGUGAGGAGAAGAGAGAGGCGGAGCCUCCAAGCAGCAGCUCAACACAACACAUGACAACAGAAGCUGAUGGAGACCACUGUGGAGGAUCACAAGCAGACACGCUCUUAGCUCCACUAUCAGAUAGUGAGGACACAACGUCACACUCUCCUGACACUGAUGAUGAAGACUCUAAAGAUGAUAAGACAUGUCACACUGACAACACUCACUUCACAUGUUCUCACUGUGACAAAACCUUUAAAUACCAUAGUUAUCUCAAAACACACAUGAGAACACACACUGGAGAUAAACCUUUUUCCUGUUCAACCUGUGGUAAAGGUUUUGUAGAAAGUCACAAUUUGAAAGUACACAUGAGAACACACACUGGUGAAAAAUCUGUUAUCUGUUCAAUCUGUGGUAAGGGUUUUACACACAGUCAAAAUUUGAAAGUACACAUGAGAACACACACUGGAGAAAAACCUUUUUCCUGUUCAACCUGUGGUAAAGGUUUUACACACAGUCAAGAUGUGAAAGUACACAUGAGAAUACACACUGGUGAAAAACCUGUUAUCUGUUCAAUCUGUGGUAAAGGUUUUACACAAAGUCAAAAUUUGAAAGUACACAUGAGAACACACACUGGAGAAAAACCUUUUUCCUGUUUAACCUGUGGUAAAGGUUUUACACACAGUCAAGAUGUGAAAGUACACAUGAGAACACACACUGGUGAAAAAACUGUUAUCUGUACAAUCUGUGGUAAAGGUUUUACAAAAAGGCAAAAUUUGAAAGUACACAUGAGAACCCACACUGGUGACAAACCUUUUUCCUGUUCAAUCUGCAACAGAAGUUUUUGUCAUCAAUCAUACCUUGUAGUACACAUGAGAAUACACACAGGGGAGAAAGUGUUGAGUUGCAGUGUGUGUGAUGAAAGAUUCUCUUAUAAGUACCAGUGUAAGAAACACAAGUGUGCUGGUGAGAACAGCAGCAGCAAAUGAAACUGCAGGAUUAGAAAUACAUUAUGAAGACUUUAAUUUAGACUUUCUAACAACAUCAGCACAUAUAACAUGUGUGACAUUGUUGUUUGUGUAAUUAUCUUUUCAAUAUGCUCGUACAUUUAUAGAUUAGAUAGUUUGAUAUACAAAAGUAAUACACAUUUGUAUUUAUAAUUGUUAAUAAUCUCAUAGAUUAGCACCUUUAUAUUAUAUACAUAUGUACUGGUUCACAUCUGAAACAUCUUCUGGACCACUUCAGGGAGCAUAUUAUUAUUAACUUUAUACAUCAUUUGAACAGUUGUCUUUUAUUCGCUCUUUAAAAUGUGUGACUUUAUUAAUCAUUUGUUGGGUCUCUGUAAUCCAUUUCAUUAAUAAUUUUUAUUACUCUCUUUUGUAAUUUGAUGAUUGUGUUCUGAUUGUUUUAUAUGUAUGUCCCCAGACCUUUAUGCAUUACAAAAGUGAGAAAAAAUGGCAGAUAUUUCUUUUUGUGAAAGGAUGGUUUUGUUUUUACAAGCUUACAUUUGUGGAUAUAUCAAAUAAAUCCAGUAUUGUCUUAAACUUU